CGCUGCAGGCUCAGAGGAGGAGGCUGUAACGGUUUGUCAGUCUUUAGUUAAAGUUGCAUCCAUUAAAAACCAUCAUCAUGAGCCACAGCCCAGAGAGGAUGUCCUCGUACCGUCGUCGUUUUGAGGGCGCGUCUGUAAACCAACUUCGGGUGUCAAGUCCAUCUCCCACCCGGAGGGAGCCCCGCCACAGGUCAGCCAGUUUUAACAGGAAUGUGGGGUGGAAAGGAACAGGCUGCAGGGCCCUUACCAGCAAGCCUCGUCUGACCAGCAGCAGUGCGAGUAUGGGCACACUGUGCUUGGAUGGGUCUACUGGACACAGGGCGAAUCUGGAUCUGGAUGCAGCUGCAGCAGAGAACACGGCAUUCAAGCUGACUCGCACCAAUGAGAGGCAGGAGAUGGUGGUCCUCAAUGACCGCCUGGCAUCUUACAUCGAAAAGGUUAGAACACUGGAGUCCAAGAACAAGCUGCUGGAGGCUGACAUUGAGGCGCUGAAAAGUGCCCAUGAGAGAACAGGGGGUCUCAGGCAGCUAUAUGCAUCACAGCUAAAGGAACUGAACAGGGAAGCUGAACAAAUGAGGGAGCAGAGGGACAUGUCUCUGGACUCCAAGAAGGCAAUGUCCUGCCAGCUGGACCUGCUAAAGUCUGAAUAUGACGCAGCUCUUGACGCCAGGAAGCAGAUAGAGCGUCACAUUGAGACUCUGCGUCCGGAUGUGGACAAGGCCACUUCAGUCAGGAUUAAACUGGAAAAGCAGCUGGAAAACCUGGAGGUGGAGCUGACCUUUCUGCAGAGGGUUCACAAGGAGGAAAUCGAUGAGCUGAUGCAGCAGAUCUAUUCAGCGACCUCUAAGAUGGAUAUGAACUUCGACCUCCCAGACCUUUCCUCCGCUCUCACGCAGAUUCAGUCUCAGUAUGACAGCAUUGCUGCCAAGAAUCUGCAGGAAAUGGACGCAUGGUACAGAUCGAUGUUUCAGGACAUGAAUGAUGCUUCUUCCAAGCACGCCGAAUGUGUUCGCAGUCUGAGGGAGGAAAUUGCUGCUUAUAGGAAGGAUAUUCUUAGCAAGGAACGAGACUUGGAGUCACUAAGGACAAGAAAUGAUUAUUUGGAGACCCACAUCCGCAACGCCAAAGAGAAACAAAAGAAGUUAGAGGAAGAAUUAGAGGAGCGCAUUGUGGCAGUUAAUCAGGACCUAAAGCUGACCAAACAGAAGACCGCUCUUCUCAUGAGGGAACAUCAGGAACUCCUGAAUGCCAAAAUGGCAAUUGAGAUUGAGAUCGCCACCUACAGAAAGCUGAUCGAGGGUGAAGACAGCCGUCUGAGCACCAUGGUUGGGAAGCUCUCCCUGACCGAAUACCCUCAACUCACUAACAGCAGCCACUCUGACACUUCAGCAUCACUCACACCCACUAGAGGGGCUUUAAAACCUGAAGGCCCCAGAGAUAUGUGCACAGUGAAUGCAGAAACAGCCCCUGCUGCUGUUUCUGCAGACAACCCGGCUGAUGGCAACCUACAGCAGCAGGCGAUUGAGAAGUCUGAGAGGAAGACUCUCCUCAUCAGAACAGUUAAAACAGAUGGGGACGCCUACUUGAGCGACACACAGCAGUGCACCAUCACCAUUUCUGGAGCUGCUGAGGACACUGAUGAAGAAUAAACGCCUCAAUGUGUGAUCCUCUCUGAUGAGCCGCAGAAUAACGCUCCGGGUGUUUUCAUUACAUUUUGAAAACCUUAGAAACAUGCACCGCGUUUGACAAGAAAACCAUACCUUUGUGUGAGAUCUGAUAUUAUAAUACUGCUUCUACUAUCAUACUAUUAUAAUCAGCUGCUCUGCUUAUUUACUCUUCUAGUGUGUCCUGAACUUGUUUUUGAAGAUAACAAAAUAAACAGCAAGCAAAAGCA